GCUAACCUACUUUAGGGCAGUGACUUGUCAUGUAUAGCCAACCAAAUACGAAGAAUAGUACAACGCACACAAUAACUCAAUCAUUAGUCUUUCUUUUCCUUUCGCAGAUUUUUACCGUCGUACUAGUUUUUUUAAAUAUCUGUGCGUUGCUAACAGGUUUGUUUCGAGUUGUUGUAUGAGUCAAAAAACAGAAAAACCGGUACUGUCAGGUCAACGCAUCAAGACCAGAAAAAGAGAUGAAAAAGAAAAGUACGACCCUUUUGGCUUCCGGGACUAUAUUCUUGGAGGCCUUAAUGGUGCCGGCACUGACUUAGAGGCUAUUUGGAAGUUCCUGGAUCAAGCUGGUUCUAAAGUUGAUUAUCGGCGUUAUGGUGAAGUCCUUUUUGAUAUAUUAAUUGCUGGAGGUCUUCUAGUUCCGGGAGGAUCAAUAUCUCAAGAUGGUGACAAAUUGUGGAAAACAAAUGCUUGUGUUUUUGAAGCACCGGAAGACAUGGUUUCUAUGCGAAACUAUGAACAGGUGUUUAUCAAACUCAUGCGUCGAUACAAAUAUUUGGAAAAAAUGUUUGAAGAGGAAAUGAAAAAAAUUUUGCUAUUCAUUAAAGGUUUUAGUGACAUAGAGCGUGUUAAAUUAGCUCGCAUGACAACUUUAUGGAUUGCAAAUGGUUCAAUACCUCCAACUGUUCUUCAAGUUCUCACCAAUGAGCAUCUAAUUAAAGAUGGGCUGGCUUUAGAGUUUCUCAUUGAAUUAUUUGUAACUUACAAACAAGAAGUCGGUAUCACCCAUUUAUUGACAAUAUUAAAGAAGGGAGGACUUGAAGGUCGAUUAAUGGAUUUCUUGCCUCCUAACAAACGAACUGAAGAACAUUUUCGAGCACAAUUUGAAGAAAAAGGAUUGACUGAUGUCGUUAAAUUACAUUUAGCUCAAGCCAGUCAAGAAGCUAAACGUAACUUAGAAGUGCAGUUGCAUGAUGAUCUUAAUGAUGGCAAACAUAUGAAAGAAAUCAUUUCAAAUAUUAAGGAGUUAUCAUCAAAACAUGAUAUUCCAGAACAUGAAAUUUUAGUUUUAGUGUGGAGUGUUGUAAUGCGACAAGUUGAAUGGAAUAAAAAAGAAGAAUUAUUAUCUGAUCAAGCACUUAAACAUCUUAAACAAUAUUCACCAUUGUUUUCAGCUUUUUCAACUACUGCACGUUCUGAAUUAGCACUAAUGCUCAAAGUUCAAGAAUACUGUUAUGAAAAUAUGAAUUUCAUGAGAGUCUUCCAAAAAAUAAUAUUACUCUUCUAUAAAACUGAUGUUUUGACUGAAGAAGUUAUUUUAAAAUGGUACAAAGAAGGACACUCCAAAGGUAAAACAACAUUUUUGGAGCAAAUGAAAAAAUUUAUUGAAUGGCUUCAAAAUGCUGAAGAAGAAUCGGAAUCAGGAGAAGAUGAAGAUUAAAAUCAACAUCUAAAGAAAAUAUAUGGAACUUUUUAACACAGAUGUCAGCCAAUGACCAAAAUAAAUAAUUGUAAAGAACUUUUUUAUCAAUUUUUUUUUUUUUUU